AUGGCUUCUGGAAACCCCCAGAAGGCUACGAAAGCCCGUGAAAGAGGCAAUGGAUUGUACCGAGAAGGCAAGCUCAGCGAAGCGGUGAAGGCCUACGAAGCGGCAGCAAAGCUAGCCCCUUCUGACCCCUCUCCAUUGUCUAAUCUAUCUGCCGUCUACUUUGAAACUGGGAAGUACGCAGAAUGUAUCAAGUUCGCUGCCAAGGCUCUGAGUCUGAACAAGACCGACGCGAAGACCGAGAAGAUGAGAGAGAAACUACUCGUCAGACAAGCCAAAGCAAAUCUUUAUCUCUCGAACAUCCCCGAAGCUGAAAAGCUUCUAGACCAACUCGGCCCGGAUACAGACUCCAGUGGACUCCGGGAUUUACUCAAGGGGCUCAAGGUAUCUGAUGCGUUCUCGCCACAUUCGACAUCCUUGCUUGAGAUGCUAUUCCAGAUGCCGCGAUUGAGACCAAGCCUUGUCGAUUUACCGGAAUACUUCGGUGUUGGUGAUGAUGAAGCCGAAUCGCAAUAUACAGCUGAACUCGAGAAAUCAACCAGUGGGGAAUCAGUCUUGUCUCUCAUGUUCUGUGGUGUUGGAGAUGCUCGUAACCUUUUCCAAACACUCGUACAGUAUGGUUCAAAAAAGAAGGAGGGGCCCCAGAAGCUACAUGUCACGAUGGUCGAUAAAAACCCGGCGAUCGUAGCUCGGGAUCUAAUCUUCUUCAGCCUACUGAAAGAAGCGGCCACCAAUGAAGCUACAAAGGAGGUAUCUUUGAUGACCGUGAGUUACCUAUUCUGCACCCAGAUCAUCCCCUCUUUUGUGUGGGAAAAGCUACAAGAGACCAUCAAUGGCUUGGUGGGCAAGCUCAAGGAGAAGCAACAGCCGCUUGACUUUGUUCAUAUUCCUGUAUCACAGGUGGAGCAGUAUAUAGAGGUCCUGAUGAGUUGGCAAAAAGGGCCCGCAACAGACUGGAAGACACCCCAAGCGCGUGGUGUUUGGCCCGCAUCGCCUCCAGCAGAGAAGGAUGAGCAUUAUCCGGAAUGCCAAGCAGACCAUCAGGUUUUCGACGAUUUUGCUGUCUUGUUUCCCCCAAUAGCAGUUCUAGCAAACUUCGAACCGAAACUAUUCGCCCUUGUUACUAGAUAUCAGAGUGGGGAUCGCAACGUCAGGAAGUUCAUCGCUCGCUACUUGGAUAACCAUUGGAGGGUCAACGUCACACUUAUCGAUGUGAAGUGGGAUGCCUUAUGGCGGCAACCAGAGGACGAAUUAGAUAUAGGGCAAAAUAAUCCGAGGGUUGCCGAUUGGUUAACACAGAAGUGGUCGAAGUUAGACUUCUUCGACGCCGUUGCCUCGAGCAUACCCUCGCUGGGAGGAAGAUUGACGAUCGAAAUGAUUAUCGGAGAUAUGAUGGACGUACUGGAGCGACUUCGCUACGGCCUCCUAGAUCGAUCCAAACAAGGAGGGGAUGUGGACAACCCAAAAUUGCCGACUUCUGUGGAUUGGCCACAAACGUAUCAUAUAAUUCAUAUGAACAAUAUUCCUGAUUAUGUCGGUGGCUCCUUGACAAGUUUCCUUUAUGCGGGUCCCGUAUUAAAGGAAGGGGUUGGAUCUAGCUUGACUUCAAAUGUGCAGCGUAAUCCAGCCAGUUAG